UUAUGUCUCUACUGUCAUUUUGUCCACUCCAAGAAGCAAGCACAAGGUGAAGGGGGUUUCUAACAAGAAUUAUUUACGUUGAGAAGUUGAAAGAAAAAAAAAAUGCUCUCUAUCAAAAUCAAACCCUUUUCUCUGAUUUUCCUGUCAGCUAUAAUCUUCAUUUUUCCUACUGUUUUUUCAUCAUCUUAUGGCGUUUCUGGUUCUUCAAUCAAUCAUCUUCAAACCACACACAUUCCAGGUGUGGCCAAUGAGAUUAAGGACGACGGCAGUUUAUGGGGAAUCAGGAGAUCUGUUUUAGAGGGUGACAAUGGUGGAAAGUCAUCAUUAAUAUUGGCUGCUGAAAGAACACAUAGAAAAGAUCCACUUGAUGAUCUCAAAUACUAUACAGGGGGUUGGAACAUUAGCAAUGAACACUACAUAGCUUCAGUGCUUUACACUGGCUCUACGCUUUUCCUUGUUGCUGCAUUCUGGUUGGUUGGAUUUGGUGUUUUCUUGCUGCUGGCUUGUCUGUAUGUUUGCUGUUGCCAGAGAAGACGUUAUGGCUACUCUCGAUUUCUCUAUGCACUAUCUAUCGUCCUUCUCUUAUUAUUUACCAUUUCUGCAGUCAUCGGAUCUGCUGUUCUCUAUGCUGGUCAAGAGAAGUUUCAUGAUAGUACAAAAGAUACAUUGAACUAUGUUGUCCAACAAGCCAAGUCCACAGUUGCCAAUCUCACAGAUGUCUCAAAUUAUUUGGCUGCUGCUAAAAAAGUCGGAGUGAAUCAGAUAUUUUUACCUAAGAAUGUUCAAAACAACAUUGACAAGGUUGAUAACUUGAUUGCCUCUGCUGCUCGUACCCUUGAAACCCAAACAGAAAAAAAUAAAAAUGAUAUAUUCCGCUAUUUGGAUGCUGUGAGGCUAUUUCUCAUUAUAGUAUCAACUAUAACACUUAUCCUGGCUUUACUCGGUUUCUUGUUGUCCAUUGCAGGCUUUAAAUUCCUUGUGUACAUGUUGAUCAUCAUUGGUUGGAUUCUCGUUGCCAUCACCUUCAUCAUUUGUGGUGUAUUUCUUGUUCUCCACAAUGUGAUGGGAGAUACAUGUGUUGCAAUGGACCAGUGGGUUAACAACCCUACUGCUCACACAGCAUUAGAUGACAUUAUCCCCUGUGUGGAUGCUGAUACUGCACAAGAAUCGUUGUCCCAGAGCAAAGAAGUCACCUUCCAAAUGGUUGGGCUUGUAAACGGGGUCCUCUCUAAUGUUUCCAAUGCUAAUUUAAGUCCUGGGACAUACAACCAAUCUGGUCCAUUGGUACCUCUCCUCUGUAAUCCAUAUAACCCUGAUAAGACGGACCGAAAGUGUGCAGCAGGUGAGGUUGACUUGAGCAAUGCAACACAGGUUUGGAAGAACUACGAGUGCCAAGUUUCUAAGAGUAACAUAUGCACCAGUGUAGGCCGUUUAACCCCAAACCUGUAUGAGCAAUUGAGCAGUGCAGUGAAUGUGAGCUAUGGAUUGAAUCAUUACAGCCAAUUCCUCACCAAUUUAGCCGACUGCACAUUUUUGCGUGAUACGUUUAGUGUGAUACACGAUGACCAUUGUCCUGAUUUAAGGCUUUACAGCAAAUGGGUUUAUAUCGGAUUGAUGAUGGUCUCAGUUGCAGUUUUGCUUUCUCUCAUGCUUUGGGUACUUUAUGCAAGAGAGAGGCGCCACCGUAAAUAUACCAAACUUGUGGAUGAGGUCUCUUAUGAAAGUCGAGGAUCAUAACGAGAUUUUAGAGUCUAUGCUCUCAUUGCAACUGAGACUGAUUGUUCUUUCUCAAUUGUACAUAAUUGAGUGGCAACUUCGUUGUGUCGAUAUUGUUUUUCCUAUCUUGAUUAUUCUAGUAGGAGGUUGCAUAUAUUGAGACUUGAGAUUGAAAUUGGUGUCCUUUUCAUGUUAUUCUUAGAUCUUGACAUUGUUUGAUAAUAUAAGAACAGUUUCACACAUGAAGAGGAAGGCAAAUUUGCUUGAAA